GGCAGGAACGUUUUCAGCAGCGGGCGAAAACAAAUAUGCAGAUGUUUGGCGGGUGAUUUUACUGCGCAAUUCUACAUCAAUAAAAUCCAUGCAUUUACAUGACAACCAACUGCGUUUAAUAUUCACGGAUUAUCCAAUAAAUGCUUUGCACAAUGAAGUUAUAAAUAAAGAGGGAUUUCGUCGCACUUUUGUCUAUGAUGGCAGGAAGGGGCAGAGGGCAGCUCACUUUCUCUGUGGAGAUUGUUGGAAUUGGUAAAGGAGAAAAUCUCCCUCCGUCCUCCGUCCAGCCGACCCCUCUAUUCCCUCCUCUGGAUCAGAAGCCCGUGCCCCUGCAGACGGGCGAGGAGGCCGAGUACAUGCUGGCACUCAAACAGGAGUUCAGAGGAGCCAUGAAGACACUCCCAUUUUACAUCCGUCCAGCUGCACCCAAAAAAGAUGUGGAGCGUUAUUCUGACAAAUACCAAAAAACGGAAACCACUGACAACAGUUUGGAAUGGAAGCCAGACUGGAGGCGUUUUCCGAAGGAGCUGCGCGUGAGGGAGAAGAGACCCCAGAGAGACAAAAGCCCAGCUGUUCCCAAACAACCCAAACAGCCACGAGUGGACAAAGAGGAGAUUAUACGCAAACUGGAGACUCUGGAGCAGAAAGAGGAAGAGGGGAGUUCUGAUGAAGAGGAGGGAGAGAAAAAGAAGCCAGAAGAGGAAGAAGCUGAGGGAGAAGAGGAGUAUGAUGAAGAGGAAUUUGAGGGUGAAACAGAUUACGUUAUGUCCUACUUUGACAAUGAGGAGGAGUUUGGAGGGGACAGUGAUGAUAAUAUGGAUGAAGCCAUUUACUGAAGCAGGUGCCAGGGGCUCCACAGCACCCUCCUCUGGGCAGUGAGUGUCUCUGGAACUGCUCUGUCCCUCAGGACUGUUCUGGGGUGGAUCAUUAUGUUUGGCAGCUGAUGUUGAAAUCUGUAUGCAGUGGAUUUCCUCUUGUCCGAUCGGUUGGCAGGGCGUUUGAUUGCUGACGAAGAGCGUUUGAAUCCGAAGGCUACGGCUGGUGGAGGACACAGAGAAAGACACUGAGACAAAAACUUCUCUCUUAAUGCAGCUAUAUGUUUUUAAAGCUUUGUAAAUGAUUAUUGUUGCAUAACUGAAAUCAUUUUUUUAGAAUCUUAGCUAUAAAUGUAUGUUUUAGUCUAAUUUUUUAUACAUCUUAGAUUUGGGAUAAACUCCAGUAAAUUUAGAUUGUUUAUUCUGGAUGAUAAGUAAUGUUUUAUAAAGUCUCAAGUCAAGUGGUUGUAAAUAUUCAUGUUAUCGCCAUUAAGUGUGAUAAAGUCAUACUGUUUCAA